AUGUUAAGCUAUCGUUCCUUCAGUUUGUCGAUCUAUCGAUCUAUCGUUUUUCGCGUAUUUAAGCCCUACCCCUUCUUUCUGCAUGUGUACAUUGUUUGGCUUCUAUUGCAAUUAUCUAUCUGUUGGUCUAUAUAUCGAUCUCUGUUCAUAUCUAUCUAUGAUAUACUGUUCCUAUCUAUCUAUCUAUCUAUCUAUCUAUCUAUCUAUCUAUCUAUCUAUGACAUCCUAUUAUCUAUCUGUUGGUCUAUAUAUCAAUCUCUGUUCAUAUAUAUCUAUCUUAUCCUGUUCCUCUCUAUCUAUUUACCUAUCUAUCUGUCUAUCUAUCUAUCUCGCUCUUGUAUAUUUAUCUCCUCCCUUGGAUAUCUAUCUAUCUAUCUAUCUAUCUAUCUAUCUAUCUAUCUAUCUGUGUGUGUGUUUAAAUUUCUAUAUAUCUAUCAAUAUAUCUAUAUUUUCGAUCGCUUUACAUCUAUCUAUCUAUCUAUCUAUCUAUCUAUCUAUAUAUAUAUGUGUUUAAAUUUCUGUAUAUCUAUCAAUCUAUCUAUAUUUUCCUUUAUGUCGAUCUCUUUACAUCUAUCUAUCUAUCUAUCUAUCUAUCUAUAUCUAUCUAUCUAUCUAUGUGUUUAA